GGUACAUUUUUGUUACAGCGAAAUUCGAACGGGACAAUAAAUACGAGACAAUCUUAAAAUCUAAUUCAUUGUUUUUCGAUUCGAGCACACCAAUGAGGUUAAGGUCUCCCGGCAUUGGUCCAAAUAUCGAACGCCAUGUUGUAUCGCGUUUCACCGCUUCAUAUGUCAGCUGAAUUCCUAUCGCUCUGAGAAAACAAACAAUUACUCAACAAUCAUUGAUGAAUUCCGCAAUAUCAGCUACGGAAUUCCUGACAAAAGAGGAUUAUAUAACCACUGGAUGUUCAAAAAUUGAUGAAUUGUUGAGGGGUGGGAUUUCUAAAAGGGGAAUAACACAGAUUUAUGGAGAAGCCGGCACCGGGAAGACUCAAUUUGCCCUUCAGCUCUGUCUGGCAGCGCAAAUAUCAGCAGAAAGAGAUAACAGGAGAGGAGUUCUAUACAUCUCGACGGAAUCAGUAUUCCCAUCAAAACGCCUUCAAGAGCUUCUGAAAACUUCACCGAUUUCACGAAAAUAUAAACCCACCAGUGAUUUAAUAUUUAUCGAACAUAUCUCCACAGUCGCAGACUUGGAGAACUGCAUUUUAACUCGAGUACCAGUAUUUAUAGCUAACAAUUCAAUAGUCCUUCUUAUCAUUGACUCGAUAGCUGCCCCAUAUCGCGUGGAAUAUGAAGCAAAACAGUUGAGGAGUCGAGCUAAGAGCCUCAGGAACAUAGGCCAGGCAUUGCACAAACUCUCCAUAAAUAAUAAUCUAUGCAUUCUGUGCGUCAAUCAGGUAUCUGCCAAUAUGGGAGCGGAAAACUCCCUGUGCCACGGCAUUAGGCCAGUUCUAGGAGUCACUUGGGCCUGCCAAGUGACGAAUUCUAUUAAUUUCUGCAAAAUUAAUAAUCAACGUCACAUCCACGUCCGCGAGUCUCCGUAUUUACCUCGUGCAUCAAUUAAAUUUGAUAUCACACAAGCUGGAGUCUUUGGGUCGUCUAAUUUCUAA